AGUAUUUUAAUGCCUCUAGUGGAUAGCAUAUCUAGUCUUUACUUAGUAUAUCAGUUCCAAAGACACGAAUAUUACAAAUCGUAAGUGGAUGCUGCUUAUUGUUAGCUACGGAUUAAGUGGAAUCUUUAUUUUAAGCGUGCAGCGUGUGGAACACUUCUAGGAUGGGUGCCGUUUCUUGGCUCAAACUAGAGGUUUCUAAUGAACCGAGCGUCUGAGAUUAGGGGUCGCCGGCAUCAGCUCUAUUGAUGAAUCUGGCGGUGACUCUAAGACGAAAUACACUUCACCUUCUAUAUUCCUUAUAACAUUAUACAUAAAAUCAUCCGCUACAGAAAUUUCAUCUUUGGUACCAUCUACUGACGAAAAUUACAAAUUGUAUAUUUUCAGUUAUAUUUGUCUAUGUACAAAAAUGAAAUGUCCCAUGCAAGAGCAAAGGAAGCAGUUCUUUCUCUCAUUGACCGACUCACUAGGUUUUGUUUGUUCUGCGUAACGCUCUCAACCAAUAGGUAUUCUUAAAUUUAAGAAUCGAUUGGAAAUAACCAAUCAGACCCACAUUCUUUUUGGGGAAUUUUUCAUCUCUUGAGAUUAUGAGUUGAAUUCGAAACGCAGCACCAGGUGGAGCAAUUAUCUCCAUUAUCGUAGAGAGAGAUGUAUGAAUUAGAAUGUGACAGUUGAGUUAGAAUCGUAGUCACUUUGGAACUGAGAUGUCAGGUUACGUCAAAUGAAAGCAACAUGAGUACAUUAGAUAAUAAUGAUGAAAAUAUUGACUUAGAAGAUAUAAAACUCGAAGCUUUUAAGAUUGAUGAUUACGAAAAAGAAAUUGACAGUGACGAUUUCUACAGUGAUGUUCCAGAAGCUAAUAAUGAUGAAAAUACAGAAGAUAAUCAGUACAAGGUAGAUGAUUGUCAAGAAGACGAAUAUGUGGGACCAGUACUUCCUGGAGGUCAUAGAUUUGAUAGAAAGUUUAUUUGUGUUAAAUAUCCUGGAAAUGUUAUUAAUCCAGACAAAGCUAUAGAAACUUUAGGUGGCAUUCAAAGUAUUUCAACGGCAGUAAAUACACCAAAUCGACGAUUGGAGUUAAGAUUCAGACCAGAUGAUAUUUAUUGCAAACCAACUUGUGGAGAUAGACAUAAUACUAAUGGCCUCUUGCUUAGAAUUAGAAUUAAAAAAUCUAGAGUAGAAAAAGCAAGAGAAGCUGAAGCAAAACAAGAAAGGAAACCACCAGCAAGUACUGUGAAAGUAAAUGAUUCUUCAGUUGAUAACAAUGAAAAUAUUAAAAAUAAUGUGAAUAAAAUAGAUGUAUCAGGGAUUGAAGAUAAUAAAGAUCAACAAGGACAACUUAUAACUGAAUUAAUUGAUCACAUACAAAGUUGUAGCUUUACUACUUUAGAUAAUCCUGUUCCUGGUCCUUCUCAUAAGGAUUUAUAUUCUGAGAAUGUUAAAGAUUUACAGGAUCAGUUAGUAGAUACAAAAGCAAAUUUGUCAAAGAGUAAAAAUGAUAUACCACCAACAUUUGAUCGUAAUAAGUAUGAAGAUCUUUCUGAAGAUAAGGAUUACGAAUUACCAAAAUUACAAAUUUUAGGCAGAGUUGAUACAGAAUUUAAAUUUACAAAUCUUUGUGAUUUUCAAUAUUUACCUAUGACUCAAAGUAAGGAUGAUCCAAAAAAAUUAGAGUGUAUAUAUCAUAAAAUUUAUCCCAAUAAUAUACCACAUUAUUCUUGGUUAAGGAAUGACGUGCCUUAUUUUCUGCCACCAGCUGCGUUCAGCAGAAUGGAUACAGUACAGCAAUAUGUACCAAAAACUGAAGUUAAUUCAUAUCCAGAAAAUAUAAUAGGAAAGAGUAGAAAGAGAAAGACAGGAUUUUCGAAUUUUAUUUACUUUUCAACAUCAGAAGUUCCUUCUAAACCACCGACAGGCAUAGAAACUGCUAUGAAAGUUAAGUUUAUUCAGAAUAUACACUUUGAACAAAUUCGUCAAGUUUUUGAGGAGCGACCAAUUUGGUCAAAGAACGCGAUAAUGUAUAAAACGAAAUUUUCUCAUGAACGAUUGAAAAUUUUACUACCUGCUGUCGCAUAUUAUUUUGUGACUGGCCCAUGGAAGAUUAUGUGGGUAAAAUUGGGAUAUGAUCCAAGAAAAGAUAUUUCUGCAAGAAAAUACCAAACUUUAGAUUAUAGAUUAAAAGCUAUGCAUGGUUUGGGAUCUACUGUAAAGUGUAAAAGAAAUUACUCAGAUUAUACAUUACCAUAUAAAUCCACACCAGCUGCAAAACAGAAAACAAUUGUACAAAGUGCUGCUUCAAAUCAAGAACAAAGCUCUAAAAAGGAGCAAGAUUUAAAUGAGAAUGUAUAUAUCUAUCGAGAAGGAACGGUACCUCCUUCUAGACAAAUGUUUUAUCAGUAUUGUGAUGUUCUUGUAGAUGAAAUACAAGAAAUGUUAGCAAAGUUACCAGAUCUACCUGGUUCUAAGUGCCAUGAAAAAAGAGGCUGGUUACCAAGUGGUUUUGAUGUUCAGUGUAGAGAAAUAAUUAACAAACAAGUUCGAGCUGUUUUGAGAAAGCAAAUGAAUAUACCUGAAGAUCAUCCUACAUCUUUACCUCGAAAACGCAAAUCAAGAAUUAAAUUAAAGCUUAAUAAACUUAAAGGUAAAAAGAGAAAGAGAAAAAGUUCUCUUUCUAGUGCAGAGGAAAGUGAAGGAAAAUACGAUCAAUUUGAAUCUGGUACUGUUAUAACAGAAAAUGAGUGAACUGUGUUUCUAGGUAAUAACUUUUAUAUUUAGUAUGGUCCAAUAAGAAUUAAUAUUUGAAUAUCUCUGUUGUUUUUGGAAAUAUAAAAAAGCUGUAGGUUUUUGCAUAUGAAAUGGCGGAUUUCACAAGUAUGUAAAAUCAUUCAGAGUUUCAUGAUUAAAAAUGUGCUUUAUCAAAUGUCGACUUAAAGUUUGAAGCUUGCCAAAAUCAACAUGAUCUAUGUUUUGUUUGUUUUAUAUGUUAUUAUAAAAUUAUUUAUCCAAUCCAUGAACAUUUUUAUGAAACUUGAAACUUCAAUCUAAGAGUUGUUCAUAACAUUAAUGUAAAUAUCUCAAAAACUGACAUUUAAUAUAAAUAAAUAAAGACUUUAUAAAUACCUACAAAUAAAGUUUAUUCAUAAAUGUACAGAGUUUGUUUGCCAAAUGUAAAUCUAUUAAUAAAUAUGUUUACAUUAAUCAUUAACUGAUGCUGUAAUUACAAAUUAAACAGAAUGUAAAAGAUUAUUGAAUUCUUUUGAAAAAUGAGUGCGGAAAAAUGCAGCGACGAGACACAUUUUGAUGAUAUUGAUAAACAUUUGUAGUAUAUAUGUAUAUAACAUGUACAUAUAUUUACUAUAACAAUGUAAUAAUUUUUAUUAUAUACGAAAACGUUAUGUUUAUGAUUCAAAUUAUAAA